GGGAGCUUUAAGUACCGAGCGGAACCUUCUCCGUUCCUAGGAGAAUCCAGAUCCAGCUGAGAAGAGUUCUUCAAAAGUUUUGUAUUGCGCUCCGAGGGAGAGUUAGUGACGAAGAGUCUCCCCGCUGCUCCACACACUGAGAAUAAUGCCAGGCGAGAGGUUGUCAGUACGAGGUGCGUCAGAGGUUGGUCGAUAUCCUGGCGCAGCUCCUCCCACCAGGGUGGAGGUCUCCAUCCACAAGGAUGGAGAGAAGAAGCAGGAAGAGGGGGCAUGUCGUCGCUGGUUCAGGAAGAUGUGCCCGUGCUGCUGCAAGCGCCAGGCCACCAUGUCCGUCGACGUCACAGACAAGGUGGAGUUGGUAAAACCUCCAGUGCCGGUGGUGGAGCCCAGCAAGCCAAAACUUGAAAAUGGAGAUUCAAAAGAAAUGGAAGAGCUGAAGCUGUCUGUGUGUUCUGUGGACCUGUUGAGUGACAAGGCAGGCCAGAACAGACAGGAGCACCACACUGACUUGUACCAUGGGAAUGAGCUGAUAAUCCGCCGAGGGCAGACGUUCCAGAUGGAGAUGGAGCUCAACAGACCCUUCAAUGCUGAGAACCAUAAGAUGCAUAUAGACCUGAAAACAGGACCCCUGCCACUGGUGUCCAAGGGCACCCAUGUCAUCAUCCCUCUGGUGGACCAGUUGGAGGACGAACGUUGGGAAGCCAAAAUCGUGGAGCAGGACGGCAACAAGAUCAAGCUCUCGGUCAACUCACCGGUCAACGCUGUCGUGGGACUGUAUGGGCUCACGGUCACUACCAGCACUCUGAAGGGUGACCACCCCAACACCUUUAACCCCAACAAGAACGUUGUCAUGCUCUUCAACCCCUGGUGUGAAGAUGACUCCGUGUUCCUGGACGACGAUGAAGAAAGAAAGGAAUACGUGCUCAAUGACACCGGCAGAAUUUACUAUGGAACUGAGAAGCAGAUCGGCGCUAGGACAUGGAACUUUGGACAGUUCCACGAAGGAAUUCUUGAAGCUUGUUUGUUCAUCCUGGAGAAGAGUGACAUGCCUCCUUCAGGUCGAUGGGAUCCGGUCAAUGUAGUCAGGGUCAUUUCUGCAAUGAUCAACGCCCAGGAUGACCUUGGAGUCCUGGUGGGGAACUGGUCUGGGAAUUACGCGGACGGCGUCUCUCCAUCUGCGUGGAGCAGCAGUGUGGAGAUCCUGAAGAAAUACCACUCGUCCAACGGAACGCCCGUGUGUUACGGACAGUGCUGGGUCUUCUCUGGGGUCACGACAACAGUUCUCCGUUGCCUCGGAAUCCCAGCUCGCAGCGUGACCAACUUCCAGUCCGCUCAUGACACCGACGUCUCCCUCACCACUGACGUCUACCUGGACGAGAGCAUGGAUCCCAUCGACUACCUCAACAGUGACUCAGUCUGGAACUUCCACGUUUGGAACGACUGCUGGAUGGCCAGACCCGACCUGCCCCCUGGUCACGGCGGCUGGCAGGCUGUGGAUUCUACCCCCCAGGAGACCAGCCAGGGCACGUUCCGCUGUGGUCCAGCCUCAGUGAAUGCCAUCCGCCUGGGCCAGGUCUACCUCAAACAUGACACUCCCUUUGUGUUCGCUGAGGUCAACAGUGAUAAGAUCUACUGGCAGAGAAACGUUGAUGGGACCUUCAGCCAGAUCUACAGUGAGAAGAAGGCGGUGGGUCACUGUAUCAGCACAAAAGCAGUGGGAUCGGAUGAGCGAGCCGACAUCACACAUCUGUACAAACAUCAAGAAGGUUCUGAGGAGGAACGCAUCGCAGUGGAGACCGCCAGUCGCUAUGGCAGCAAGCCAGACGUCUACUCCGCUCCCAUGGCUGAGGACGUGAGCGUGGAGGUGAAGAUGGAAGGGGAGGGGCCCAGGAUGGGAGCUGAUGCCAAGUUGAACAUCCUGGUGAAAAAUCUGAGCUCACAACCACGUCGGACCAUGCUGCACAGCCAGGCGGCGGUCAUGUACUACACUGGCGUGCUGAAGGGCACCAUCAAGAAGGAGCAGCUGCCCGUGGAGCUGUUGCCCAAUGAAGAGAAGACCAUUGAGUGGGUGCUGCCGUACCAGCAGUACCAGAACCAGCUGGUGGACCAGGCAGCUUUGAUGCUGACGCUCUCCGGGAGGGUUAAUGAGACCCAGCAGGUGCUGGCCAACCAGACAACCUUCAGGCUACGCACUCCAGAUUUAAACGUCACGCCACUAGGGGACGCUGUGGUUGGAAAGGAAAUGGCAGCGAAGAUCACCUUCACCAACCCGCUUCCAAGGACCUUGAAAGAAGUGGUGUUCAGGGUGGAGGGUCUCGGGCUGCAGAAAGGCCACGAGGUGGUUGUUGGAGAUGUCGGCGGUCUCGCCACCGUGACGCUGACGGAGCACUUCAUCCCCAGCCAGCCGGGACCCCGCAAGCUGGUGGCCUCUCUGGACUGUCGACAGCUGACUCAAGUGCACGGUGUAGCUGAUAUUAUCGUUUUGGAAAAGUAGGAUGCUGGAGGAGUUCUUGAAGCGAAACAACAGUAUUCUAGUGGACAACAUCCAUCAAAUGUAUGACAGACUUAGUGACAGGUUAGCAGUAUUUUCUGGUCUUUUUUAUGUGGUGCAGAUUUGCAAAUGAAGUUUCAGAGUAUUUGAAGACACAGACAGGGCCAAGUCAUCAUGGUCAUAUUCAUACACAUAACUAUUAUUGGCCAGUAGUAUUAUAAUGUAAUGUCACAGUUGCAUUCAGGCACUAGUAAUACCAGUGUUUAUUAAAAGAUCUCAUGAAAUAAACAGUAUCUAUCAAUAUCUAGGUGUUAUUCUGUGGGAAAAACAGAAUUUAGAAAUUUUUUUUUUUAAACUUCAAAGUAAAAAAAAUACUAUGCAUAUAAUAACAGUUAAACACCUCAAAGAAUACAUUUGAGUUAAUAUAUCAGAAUAAUUUGUACAUCAUCGUGUAGAAACAAUUGAGUAAAACUGAACAAUUUAAAUGUAACAUUUCAUAACAAACCAAGUAUUUAUUUCAACGUUAAAGUAUAUUAAAAUAUAAUGAAGUAUUAGUGAGCAAUAAGACAAGAUAAAUGUUAAAAUAUCAAUUCAAAUAAAAACGCAGUAUUUCACCAAACUUUUUUUUUUUUUUUUCAAAUAUUGUUAGUAAAAUAGAGAGUAAUACGGCACUGAACAGUGGUAGUGAAUUCAUGAAAAUAAUUUUUAUGUAUGAAAAUUUGAAUACCAUGAAAAAAAUACUAAAAAACAAAACAUAUAUUAGUUAUGUUCAGUUUAAAGAUCUAUCACUCACGUCAAUAUCUAUUUUGAUAUGCUGUAGUGAAGAUACCAAGGUUGACAAGAAAUAAUAGUACUGUGAACAUUCAAAGGGAAAAGUCCAACAUAUAGCUAAAGAUGUUUGUUCAUUUCAAAGGUUUAUAAGAACUGCUCAUGGUCCAAGUGAAGCGUCAAUGUCCUGUCCGGUCUCUUAAACCUGCAAGUGUGUAUCUGUUGCGUGUGUGUUGUGUGUGCAACACUGAAGUAUAGUACUGUCCAUUUUUGGUGACCACUCAGCCAUCGUUGUAUGGUUAACCCUCAGUGUUCAAUGUGAAGGAUUCUAAUAAGAUUAUUAUUUAUCUGACAGUAAUGUUUUAUAUCCUCUUGAAAAUAAAACUGAGCACUUCA